AUGGAGACAGGUGACAAUGAUAACGAAUUUACCAUCUCUUCUUUGAAUUUGGAUGAGCAAGAAAGUAAAACACCUGAAGUAAACAAUCCCGCAUGUGAAUCAUCAAUGGAGAGAGGUGACAAUGAUAACAAAUCCACUGUCUCUUCUACUUUGAAUUUGGAUGAGCAAGAAAGUAAAACACCUGAAGAAAACAAUCACACAUAUGAAUCCUCAAUGGAGACAGGUGACAAUGAUAACAAAUCCACUGUCUCUUCUACUUUGAAUUUGGAUGAGCAAGAAAGUAAAACACCUGAAGUAAACAAUCCCGCAUGUGAAUCAUCAAUGGAGAGAGGUGACAAUGAUAACAAAUCCACUGUCUCUUCUCCUUUGAAUUUGGAUGAGCAAGAAAGUAAAACACCUGAAGAAGACAAUCACGCAUGUGAAUCCUCAAUGGAGACAGAUCAACACACAGAGGACCCCAGUGUCAGUGUCACAUCAGAAGAUACAUUCAAAAUUAAUACAAAAUCUGAUGACUUGUUGGAUUCGGGUGCCACAAAUGAUACUGCAACAAAUUCCAGAAGCGGUAAAACAAUAACAGCAGGAUCUGUCAUCGAUCACCAUCUGAAGGAAGCAAAGAAAAAUAAUCAGAUUUAUCGGGUUCUUUAUUUGGUUCAUAUCCGUUUCCUGGUUAAACAUCUGGCAAUUGAUCUCAAAAAGAUCUUGGAUGAUGAUGUACAUUCUUUAGAGGAGAAUGAUUGUUUGUCCAGCCUGUCAGCAACUGUAGGACGUGGUCAGGAUCCAUUCAAAACAAUUGUUGCACUCUAUUUUACAAAUAUGUGGACUCCUUCAGUAUGUUGUGUUUGUGAUGAAAAUAAUCUCAAAGAACUCCAGGAGAAAAACCAAGCACCAAUAAUUGAUAAAACCAUUCCUUGCAAAGCCCGUGGUUCUGAAAAUUUCCAUAAAUCCAUUAAAAUAGUUAUGGACAAAUAUAUUAUAAUUCUUGAAUCUAAUCAUAACAUUGAAUUUGGAGAUACUUACCAAAUAGGCACACAAGAAUUUGAGUCUUUUCUGUCACAGAAUAAGUCUUACUGUGAAAAAAAAAAUAUCCGUGAUGGAGUGAAAAUAUUUGAGUUUCUAAUUACCAUGAAUAAAGCAUUGAUUUAUUACAAUGAAUUAACAGCUUUUUCUGCUACAGUAUAUCUAUGUGAGAGUCUCCCAGUACCAUCCCUUUCUGAUUUUAAAAUAGAAAAAGAUAUUCAUGCUGAUUAUACAAGGAUACUGAGUGACCUAAAAGAAGGAGCAGCAUUGGAAGAUAAAAUGGAAGAAAAUGACAAACUAUUACAACUAAAACGUCUGUUGACAGACAUUUUUAAAGAAAAUCCUAAAACAAAAGUAAUAAUUUUAUGCCAGACACGAUUUAAUGUACAUCUACUGCGACAAAGGGAUCCUCAAAAAUUUAUAAGCUUGUUUUAUUUUCUUAUCCCUUGGCUGCUGAAACAAAGCGUAACCUUUGAUGACCUAAAUGUGUUGAUUUCAACUUCAAUUGCUGAACAAGGAUUGAAUGUUCCAGAAUGUGAAGUAGUUAUCAGGUAUCUAUAUGUCACCAGUGAUAUUAGCAGACGACAAGCCCAUGGCCGAGCCCGAAAGAAAGACAGCAAGUGUUACCUGAUUGCAGAGGAAAAUACUGAUCACAUUUAUCGGGACCAUCGUAACAAACAACGAGAAAAAGAAAUGGAUGAUGCUUUGACGACAAUCAUGACGCUCGGAGAGGAAAAAUUCAGUGAAGAAGUACUAAAGAAAAUUAAAAUCUUAGAUGAAGCAGCAGAGUUAAAAAAGUGCCAUGAUAGUUCAAACAAGUAUAAAAUUCAAAGUGAGGAUGUUCAAAUCUUCUGCAAAGAAUGCCACCAAGAGCUCUGCCUUGGUUCAGACAUUAUCAAAAAAGGGACAGACUACAUCUGUAUUGAUCCUGGUUUUGAAGACAAAGUGAUUCGUGUAAGCACAACAAAACAGAUUUUCCGGUAUGACAGCAAUGUUGGUAAGUAA